AUGCAAGACGACGCGAAUCUCGUGGAGCACAUCGACAAAAAAGCGAAGUGGAUCGAACACGUCGCUGAUAUUUUUGCCACGUAUGACAGUUCAGGCGAUGGCUUUAUUUCGUUGGACGAGUUCGAGUGCGUGUUUGAGGAUGUGCGAACGCGGGCUAUCUUCAGUGAACUCGGGGUCGACUUGGACUUUCGACCGUCAAGGUCCUUGUUCGCAGUGUUCGACAUAAAUUUCGACGGCCAGAUCGACAUCGACGAGUUCAUACAGGGCUGCUACUACUUGAAGGGACCUGCGAAGAGCCUGGACAUGUACCUCGGCCUCUGCAAAAUCAACCGCAAGCUCCACAGCGUGAUUGGCUCCGGUAGCGGGCCCGACCUUGCGAGCGAGAAGGGCCUCCCCGCCGAAGAACUACCAGCAGCCACCGAGGAGUACCAACAGGAGCCGCCUCCACGCGGCCGCGCGAGCACGUCUCACUCUGCCGAGGAUGACCGCAGCUUUUCUGACGAGCUCGGUCCAGUGGGGCCCCGGGAUAGUGUCAGUUACUGCAGCCACUUGUCGAUGGAGAGCCUCUGA